UGUAUUUAUAAUUACAUAAUACUUUUAAUUACAGUAUUCUAGAAGAGUAAUACCAUUUUUCUAGAGUCUUGACCUUGUCUUUUGCUAAUCACAAAUUUACUACAAGCAUAUUUAACGUUGCGUUACAACAAGGUGCUGGUCAAGAUUUUUACAUAAAAAAUUAAAGAAAAAUUGUGGGGUUUUUUAUAUUACUAAAUUUCGAUAUGCACGAUAGUUCUCUCAUCCAAGUUUGUAAAAACAAAAAGAAACAAACUAUGAGGUCAUCAUAGCUCAUCAUUUUAGUUUGCUGCUGAGAAACAAGUCCAACAGGUGCAGGAACAAAACAAAAGGCGCAGUCACAACGUCCACAGGAUCUGAGUAGUCGUGUGUCUCUGCGCUGAUUUUGCUUUCAAAAACAUGGAUGAGACAGCAAGAAGGAUUGUGGUCCUGGGAAAAACUGGAGCUGGAAAGAGCAGUUUUGCCCACACCCUGUGUGGAGAGCCUGUGUUUGAAGUAGAUCAUACUGCCAAAUCUGGAACACAGAGAUGUCAGGCAAAGUUCAUGUCAGUCAGUGGAAGAAUGGUACUCUUUAUUGACACUCCUGGAUUUAUUGACACAAACAGACCUGGGGAGGAGAUGAAGUCUGAAAUAUUGAGGUGUAUCACAGAAUGUGCUCCUGGUCCUCAUGUGUUUCUCAUUGUGCUUAAAGUGGAGAAAUACACAGAGCAAGAAAAGGCUGUAAUAGACAAAAUUAAUCAAUAUUUCUCAGAUGAAGCACUUAGAUUUAGUACAAUAAUCUUUACUCAUGGUGACCAGCUUCCUGAGGGAAUGAAGAUCGAAGAGUUUGUGAAUGAAAGUAAAGCUCUGAGUGAUCUGAUCAAGAAGUGUGGGGGUCGCUGCCACGUCAUUGAUAACAAAUACUGGAAGAACAACCAGGGAGAUGAAUACAGGACCAACCAGUAUCAGGUGGCAGAAUUACUCAAAACCAUUGACACGACUAUUGAGGCAAACAAAGGAGGCUACUUCACCAAUGAGAUGCUGCAAGAA